GUUAAUUUAACACAUUGCGUACGAAUCACAAAAUAUCUUGUUUUCAUGUUUUUUCCACUGAAUCGAUAACUUAAGCAACCAGGACAAAUGUUUUUGUUACGUUACCAGGGUAAUGAAGCCUUGAGCGUUCUUAUGACAAAUGAUUAGCGAAAUAACUGAAUGUUGACAUUCUGAAAAUGCAAAAAUAAUCAAUAUAGUCAGUACAUCAGUAGAUCUGAGCCAACCGUCGUAUAUACCAUACUUUAUAAAUUGUUUUACUAUUGUACAUUUUGGAAUUUUAAAGUUCGUGUUUUAAUUUGUAAGGAAAUAGCUUUUUAAAAAUCAUUUAUAUUUUUAAUUUGUUACUGAUAAUUUAUAACAAACGGAAACGUGAUAUUUUCUUGCAAAUUUGGAAAGAUAAAAGAGAGGUAUGAAUGAUUUCGACAAUUCAUAAAUUUGAAAUGAUUGAAUCUACUGGAAAAUAUAAAACCAUGCAGAAACCGAAAUGCCUUGCAGACUAUAAUUUAAACAUGAACGGUGUCGACCUUGCUGAUCAGUAUCUAUCAUAUUACUUAAUAUUGAGAAAAACAAUUAAAUGGUCAAAAAAGAUAGUAUUAUAUCUCAUCAACUGCGACCUGUUCAACGCAUUCAAGAUCUAUAAUUCGUGUAAUAAUGAAAAAAUGAAAUAUAAAGAUUUUCUACUUGCUGUGAUGAAAUUAUGGACGACAGAAGAAAAAUCAAAGGAUACAGUUAUGGAUAUAGAACAAAGUAUUUCUAAUACAACAAAUCUACGCAUCAUCUACGCAUCAACAAAUCAUCUACGCAUCGAAUCACUAUAUAGACUCUUUGAUAAUAUUAAACAGUAUAUACUUGAACCAAUAACGAGUAAAGGCAAAAAGUUCCCAACCAAACAAUAUAAAGUUUGUUCGUCCAAUGGAAAAAGGAGAGAAACAAGAUACUGUUGCAAAUCGUGUCGAAUACUAUUGCACAAUGGAGUAUGCUUUACCAGAUAUCACACUUUAAAGCAUUAUUCAAGCAUGUGAAAUAAGUAAUAGUUAAAAUGUAAAAGAUCUUAUAUAAUAAA